AUGGUGGCGGUCUCGGGGCAGGACGCGGUCCCGGGCAAGGCCAAACGAGUGGACGCGGGCGGCAAGCCUCUUAGGCCGAGAGGCGGGGAGGCCGGCGGCAGGAGCCGCAAACUUUCUUUGCACCCCACCCCAGAAGUUGUCCCGAGCCCAGGGCGGGGAAGGCGGCCUGAGGGCGCGCAGAGGUCGCGGGAGAGUUCGGGGAGAGCCCGGGAGAAGUGCCCGCGGCGCGCAGGGAGACGGACGACGCGGCGCAGCUCCUUCCCUUCGGUCCGAAACCCCUCCGAGAGGGCUGGGGGAAGCGGAUCCGCCCGGGUCCCUUCCCUCGGCUUUGACCAACUCAUUCCGGAUCCUCCAGCUCCGGGAGCCCGAGGGAAGGACCCGACUGGGCAAGGGGCGACACGUGGGCGGUCGCACCCCCGUCUGGGCGGUGGGGGAGGGGGCUGCUCGCCGCGCGUUUCGGAGUCCCGGAUACGCGGCGGAGAGCGGGACGCGCGGUCCACUCGCAAGCCCUGGCUCCACGGCGGAGCGGCGAGCGAGAGCAACGAGUUUCUAGCGGCGGGGGCUGGGAUGGCGCCAGGGGUGGCGGAGAGCGCGGCCCGGAGACCCUGGAAGCCCCUCGCCCAGGGAACGGGGAAAAAGGAGGGGUCGACCCCCAGAAAUUGUGGAGUCCCCUUAACAAGGCGGAAACUGGGGUGUUACUCCGGACUCUGCAGGAGGGAGAAUAAUUCUGUCGGGGGCACGCGUGCUGGAAGGGCAGAGUCUGAGCUGACUCCGACUUCGGCUCACCGCUCUGCUGCCGGACGAUUGUAUGCCAUUCAAAAAGUCGGGAGUUGAAAGACAGCACGCAGCACCUUUGUCCCCCUCCCCGUUUUCCCGGCGCACUGAAAAGAAAUGGGGCUGGGACUUGGGGGCGGGGGAGGGCUUCCAACUCGGUUUCUCUAUCUCCUCCACCACCUUAGAGCCCACCCUCCCCAAUGAGCGUUUUGUUCUACCCAGCCACGUGUUUGUCGGAUUUUUGUUUUUGUGGGGUUUUUUUUCCCAUGGAACAACAAGAAUUAAAGUACUAGAAGCUA